CUUAUUAAUUUUAAAUUUAAAUUAUUGUAUUUUACUAAUAUUUUCACCGUACGGAUCAUUCCUUAAAUAACAAAUGCAAAUUGCGUAAUAAUAUGAUUAAAAAAAAAAAAAUUACUAGGUAUUUUAAAUUAUUUCUUUAGUUGUUAGGUUAUUGCAGUCAAGUGUUUAUUAACUGUUACUUGUUACCCAGGAAACGGUAUACACACUUCUAUAGUUCUGCGUGAUUGUCAGUUAUAGACGUUAUAGACUAGUAAUUAUUUGCCAAAUACAGGGUACAAGCCUUAAACCUUUGAGAAAUGUUUGUUUAACUAUUAUAACGCGUGGAUUAUACAAUUUACAAAUUUAAGAACUUUUGCUAUUCCUUGAAUUAAAAUUUACAGUAAGACAAAUAUCGAUUAAUGAAAACGAAUGUCAAUAGUUCGUAAAAACUCAUUAAAUAAAAGCUUAGAUUGCAACAAAUUUUUAAAAUUCAAAUAUUCACAAAAUAUACAUUUAAUUUGGAAUAUUCUGUAAUUACUCAACAAUUGAAUCUAGUAAUUUCAUUGUAAAAAUAAAUUUUCUUUUUGAUUUCUAAACAUUAGUUAUAUUCAACAUUUAUUUACUAAAUUAUGCAUUCUACUUAUGUUUGUUUUAAAUAAUAAUAAUUGAACUAUUCCUGAAAGCAAAAUAUGGAGGAAGAAUGUUUCAAAUUUAAACAUAUUUCCAAAGAAGAUUUUAAUAGAGCUUACAAAAAAAUCAAUCGUUGUCGACAAAAACAAAUAGAUGAUCAACAUUGGAACAUUUACAUGGAAUCAAUCAAAAGUACAGAUUUAAAAAAAGCAUACACUAUUGAAAAUAAUACAGAUAUUAAACAAAGUGAACACUCAUUUAAUAAGUGUAGAAACAGCCAAUCUAGCAUGCACGAUUCAGUAAAUUUAUACUCAUUGCAUGAUCCUUAUGAUCUUAAUCAUAUACACGGGCUUAGAAAUCGUUUGUUUAAAACAUUUAUUGAGUUUUCUAAUAUUUUAGAAAAUGCACUUUUGCCACCUGUUUUAAAAAGUGCUAGAAAAGUACAAAUUAAAAUAAAAGAAUGUGAUCUACAAACAAAUAAUUACAUAUUUGAUCUAAACUCACUGUUUUCUGAAAUUAAAAAAGAAUCAAAACAUAAAGACCUGCACAAUAAAAAAAAUAAAACUAAUGUCACAUUAAGAAAAGCUUUUCAAAUUAAGUUAAUUAAAUGCUAUAAAUUAGCAAUUAACGCCAUAAAGAUAUGUUCAAAAACCUUGGAAGCUGGAAUUUAUAACCCUAUUCAAAAUAAAAUGAAAAGUUUAAUACAAACUAUAUCAGCUUUAUCAUUAAUUACUGGAAAAUAUAUUUAUGGCGAACUAUUUUCAAAAAAAAAGAAAGAAAGUUUUGAUUUAGUUAAAAAUUGCAAAGAUUUAGAGAAUAUGUUGGAUGAAUGUGAUUAUAAAGACACAGAUAUUGACAUUCACGGUAAUAUAUUAAAUGAGCUUUCUAAUAAAGCUUUAAGUAAAUCUAAAACUCAAUUGUUUUCUGCCAAUUCAAAUCGAUUAAGUAUGUAUAAUCAAGAUAAAUCAAAAUUGGGAUCAUACUAUGCUCAAGGAUGGUCAAAAAAAUCAUUUGAAUUAUCUGGAAAUAAAAUUUUGUCAAAAACAGAUAAUAUCUUAAAAACUAAAAAUAAUUUAGACAAUAUAAAAACUGUAAUGGAAGAGUACCCCUUUAGAAAAUUGAAAGAAACAAAUUAUAAUUUUGUUUUUGAAGAGAAACAAGAUGAAAAAUUAAUUGAUACCAAUGAAGCAAUUAAAUUUUCAACUGCCUUAAAAGUAUCAAAGUCAAAUCAAUUAAAAAAAACAAGUAAUGUUGGCCUUUAUAUUGUACAAGAAAACAUCUGGAGACAAUUUCCUAUUAAAAAUAUAAGGCUCUCUCAAAAUGGAUGUUUGACUUUAUAUAUAACUCCAGAACUAACUAAGGAACAUUAUUUGUACAAAAGACAAUUCAAACAACAAUCAUUAAUAGAAGAGUAUGAUGUUAAUAUCUUAUUCAAUAUUUCAGAAACAAUUAUAGAUGACCUGAUAAAUGAAGUUUUAUCAAAAAUUGAUUAUGAUGCAAUAAUUCAGAAAUUAAUAAGAAUGGAACUAAUGGAAUAGUUUUUAAGCUUCAAAAGCUUAGUAAUUACUAACUUAAAUACAAUUAUUUUUAUUUAGACAUUAAGUACAUAAAAGAUAUGUUGUACAAUUAGAACAAUAAAAUCAAUGAUAAUAUAUAUUAUUUUUAACUUGA